CCAAAGCUUGGGAGUCUCCACAAACCUCAUAAACUCCAAUCAAAUCUCACCACCUAUAGCGUCUGUUUCUCAGUCUCUGUAUCCGUCACACCGUCAGAUUGCUACAGUGUUUUUGUUGGUUGUCUUCCAUGGCACAGUUGCUCCGUCCAAAACACUUUACCUUACUUUCCUUCGUUUCUCUUUUAUUUUACUUGCUCAGUUUUCAAGGAAAAGGAGGGAAAGAAUAGAUCUUUGCAGCUCUUGUGAUUCAGUUCCUUAGAAUUCAGAGUUUUCCCCAAUUGGGUUUUGUUCCAUUUUCAGGAUUCUGAUUUUAAUUCAGCUUCUUUUGCUUUGUCAAUUGGGGUUCAAAGAGGCUGAAGCUGCAAAGCGAUAGUUAUCCUUCAUUGAGCUUUCCUUUCUUGGGUUCUUGUGUCCAUGACAGGUUUCUGUUUCAGUUCUUCAAGUCAAUUCCGGGUCUUGAUGUUCUGUUUUGUGUUCCUUAAAAGUUGAAUUGGGUUCAGAUCUCAGUUGUGUUCUUAGGGUUCUAAUUUGCGUUUAAAGAGUAUUUAUUUCAGGUUUUAAUUUUAAAUUUUUUUGGAGUUAAUAAGUUUCUUUUUUGAAUUUUUAGAAAGGGGGGGUCUUUUCUAGAUUCCUUGAUAGUGUGCCUACACUAUUAUCAAAAAAAGCUAUUCUGAUUCCUUUCAAAUGCUUGUUGAUUUAACACUGAUAUUUUUGUGGUGAAAUCCCCACCUCCUCUGCAUUUCCCUCUCUGGGUUUCUCCUCCUUCACCUCCCUCUUUCUCCUCUGUUUCACCAUUUCAUGUCUUCCAAGAUCAUCUUUAGAAUAACCAGAAAACAAUGAAGUUGUUCAGAUUAGCUAGUAUACAUCUCUAAAUUCUUAUUCCCUUUUUGAUUGGAUUAUAUAAUAUGAAGUGGGAAAUGGAAGUUCUGUCUCCUGAAUCCUACCUUUCAACUGCAAAUUGGUUAGUUGAGGAGGGCAAGAACACAAGAUGGACAGCCGCUGAGAACAAGAUGUUUGAGAAUGCUCUGGCGGUGUACGAUAAAGACACACCCGAUAAGUGGCACAAAGUGGCAGCCAUGAUUCCUGGAAAGACAGCCGAGGAUGUUCUGAUGCAGUAUAGAGAAUUGGAAGCUGAUGUGAGCAGUAUUGAGGCAGGGCUUAUUCCCAUUCCUGGAUAUAGUACCAGUACGUCUCCAUUUACAUUGGAGUGGGUUAGCAGUCAUGGCUAUGAUGGGUUUAGGCAGCAAGCUUAUGGACUUGCCGGAAAGAGAUCCUCAUCGAUUCGACCUCCUGAUCAGGAAAGAAAGAAAGGAGUUCCAUGGACAGAGGAGGAGCAUAAACUUUUUCUGAUGGGGUUGAAGAAGUAUGGAAAAGGGGAUUGGAGAAACAUAUCGCGCAAUUUCGUCAUAACCAGAACGCCAACGCAGGUGGCUAGUCAUGCCCAGAAGUACUUCAUCAGGCAGCUUUCAGGAGGAAAAGAUAAGAGACGAGCCAGCAUCCAUGACAUAACAACUGUCAAUCUCUAUGAAACUAGAACUCCUUCACCGGACAGUAAGGGACCUUCACCGGAGGAAGAAGCUGCAGUACUUUUUCAGCAAGCCAAAUCCGAUUCCACACCAAGAACACAUUAUCAGUGGAUUCAUCAGCAGAGCAAAGGGACAAUAUCAUCUAAUUCAGCCCAAGGAAACAUGUUCACCACCUCAUAUGGCCUUAAAAUGCAAGGCCGUGAUCUGCAAAGAAGUUCUGUUCAUGAAUCUUCCUUCAUUGGACCUCAAAAUCUGGUUUUCAAGAUGCAAUCCUCGCAGCGGUAUCCUCACGGAUGAUCCACACUGAACCCCAUUUAUGUCCUUUACUUUAGAUGUGGUUGUGCCUUAUUUUUUCCUGGUCUAAUGUGAAUGUGUUGUCAAGAACUAGGUCUAGUCCAUAGUAUUCCAAACUUGGGGAUGUGGUGAGAGAGUGGGACGAUGUUUUGCUCGGAAUUGCUCGUCUGGAAUCACGAAACUGAGAGGGAGAAGAUUCUGAAACUUGGGUUCUCUUUGCAUCUUAGAUUCCAGCGGCUUUUGUUGUUUACAAAGCUUAUCACAAACAAUUGAAAACAGUAGAAUAGAGGUGCAUUUUCUGUGCUUUUUAAAGUUUCUAUAGAUAGGGUUGAAGCAAAAGGAGGACACUAUUGUUUGAUACCUUAAGCUGAUUCUUCCAGGAUAAGAAAAGCAGAAAAAGAGAUGCACCAAUAAGCAGACAUAUGGAAUUCAACUGCAGUAGAGGAUGAAGAAACAAUGGCAUAAGCAUCUUCAAUUGCCAGGUUGAAGUCUUCGGCUCUUAACAUGUUUCAGGCAUUUCUUGUAGUCAUUGAUGCCCAAAAAAGAGUCUCGAGUCCUUUGUUUUUCUUAAUGGGUCUGUUCUCAAAUUUAGACAGAUGAAUUAAUCUUCAUAGACCAUGAGU